UCAGUUACACAGCUCUCCUGACAGCAAAUAGUGGUGAAAGGCUGCUGCGGAGCCAGGCCAUGCGCUCGUGCUCGUGACAGGACCUCUCACCCUCCCGUCAGGGUCCGUCAGCACCCCCUGGUCUCCUUUGUCACCCGCAGUAGGGCCGACAUGUGCCUAUGACCAUGGAGAUGAAGGACUCGGGCAGCGUGGUACUGACAGCCUACCAUCCCCACAGCCCAGCCAGGAUCCCGGGCAUGGAGCAGAGCUUUGUGCAGGACAUCCCUCCCAGCCAUUCGCCCACCAGCAGAAAGUCUCUCCCUCGUUGUCGAAGAAUUAACAGGAUGCUUUCCAAUGAGUCAGCACCUCCUCCUCCAUUCAGUCGCUCCAGCUCACAGGCCUCCAUGGACAGCACCUCCAUGGAGGACUUCUGGUGCGAAGUGGAAAGCAUCAAGGAGAGCAGUGAAGAUGGAUCUGAAGAAGCAACGCUCUUGGAGUUCAAACCUGCUGAUGAAGGGGAGCUGGAGGCAGAAUGGCUGCAAGAUGUAGGUUUAUCUACAUUGAUCUCGGGAGCUGAGGAGGAGGAUGGCCAAGCCCUGCUGUCCACUCUGACCCGAACUCAAGCUGCCGCCGUACAGAAGAGGUACAACACCUACACUCAGACCCUAAGGAAGAAGAACAAGCACACAGUCCGGGAUGUGCGAGACAUCUUUGGCACCAAUGAGUCUUCUCCCACAUUUGAGACAGUUCCAGUGUCACCAGUUCCUUCUAAUGGUAUCCAGCUUCCUGGGCAGAAGGCAGUUUGGAAAUCAGUUAGCUCUAAUAGCUGUCUAGACUGCGGACUAGAUAAAGGCAGCCCACCUGUAACAGAAGAGCUCUCCUAUGAGGUCUCUUUCUCAGAAUCCAUUACAGUCCUUCCAAAAACCCAAGAAUGGCCGAAAAACCAGAGGUUCAAAAAGGAAGACUCUGCUUUGCCUAAAUUCAUUGUUCGGAAAAGCCGGUUUGGACUGACAGAGGUUGGAGACCUUUCUCCUGAAGACAUGAAGAAGAUCCGCUACCUCUCCCUGAUUGAGCUAACAGCCUUCUACGACGCCCUGGGGGUGGAGCUGAAGAGGAACCGCGCAGAGAGGGUGCGGGGACGAGAAAACGGUCUGUUUGGAGUACCUCUCACCAUACUGCUGGAGAAUGAUCAAAAGAAGGUUCCUGGAAUAAAAGUUCCCCUCAUCUUCCAAAAAUUGCUGCUCAAGCUUGAGGAAACAGGUUUAGAAACCGAAGGAAUUCUGCGAGUGCCUGGAUCUGCCUCCAGAGUGAAGAAUCUUCAUCAAGAACUUGAGGCAAAAUUUUAUGAAGAUGCUUUUGACUGGGACCAAGUACGAAAUAAUGAUGCAGCUGGACUGCUGAAAAUGUUUAUAAGAGAACUCCCAAGCCCACUCUUCACAGUAGAAUAUCUGCCUGCUUUCAUCACACUAGUGGAAAAAAUUUCUACAAUCAAGUUACAGCUACAAGCUUUGCAUCUGUUGAUCAUGCUGCUGCCUGAAGCCAACAGAGACACAGCCAAAGCCUUUCUUCGGUUCCUGAAAAAGGUGGUUGCUAAUGAAGGGAAAAAUAAAAUGAAUUUGUGGAACGUUUCUAUGAUUGUUGCACCAAACCUCUUCAUCUACAAAGGGAAACGUGCAAAUCAACAAGAAAUGCAAGCAGCUGCCAGCACAGCACACAUUGUGCGGCUUUUAAUUCGGUACCAGGACAUCCUGUGGACAGUCCCAUCCUUUCUGAUUUCCCAAGUGAGGAAAAUGAAUGAGGCAGCAAUGAACAACAGCAAGAGGCAGCUGAUGUUUGACAAAGGGGUGAGAAAACUUCUGAGGAGAAAGACCAUGGAACGGGAGAGACCUGAAAGACCAGAGGGAGCUGUCACUUUUCCCCCAUACCUGCAGUCUGACAUACCCGAGGGGGUGAUAAGAGUUUAUGCUCCACUGCAUUCAAAAGUCUCUAUGGCAAUACAACUCAACAGCCAAACAAAAGCCAAAGACAUCCUGGCUCGAUUCCGCUGUGAAAACAGCCGUGGAUCAUCACAGAACAUGAGAAGCCAGAUCCAAAGUUUACAUGAAAUUGGAGGAAAUAUAGGUCAGCACUGUUUGGAUCCGGAUGCAUACAUGUUAGACGUUUACCGUGCAAAUCCUCAGGCAGAGUGGGUGAUAAAACCAAAAGCAAGCUGAAACAGAAGGCUACAGUGUGCUGGAAGAAAGCCAAAUGGACAACAGUGAUGCCUGUCCUUUUACAGAAGCUCUUGCCAGAGAUGAAACAAAAUGGUAGCUACAGAACCUCAUUCCUUCCUACCGCACUGUCCAACUGACUGUCACCAUGUACUGCUUUUGGUAUAAGCAUUAUCACUCCAGCUUCUGGACCAUUGGAAAAUAUCACAUCAGUUACUCUUUCAUAUGGAUUACACUUGUGCCAGUUGGCCCAGGAGUUAAGGAGGGUGGACCAAGGUACGGUGCACAGAAAACAACCUGUCACAUACAGAGUUGUUAAUUUCCUGACCUAGUGUUAGAACAUUAAUUUUUUGAAAGAAUCCAGAGGCAUCUGAGGAUGCAUGAAACACUACCGACCACAGCAUAACACAGAAGCAUCACAGAGAUGUUCAAGAAAAGGCAUCUGUCAAGUGUGGAAGAGAGGAGCUCAACCUGCAGCAGUGCCAAGAUGUAGCUGUGUAAAAACAUCAAACCUUUCUGCUGAAAGCAAACCUGUACGGUCUGUGUUACUGCAAUAUUUAUGUUUCUCAGUCGCUCCUCAUGAGUAUCUGAUAUUGGGGGAGGGAGAGAGGCAGGAGGAAGAACUACUGUAUAGACGGCUAUACUGCUUUAUGUAUGUACCACUGUAUAUACUACUACCAGUCUUCCAAAAUUGUCUGUCUGGAUCACAUUACUGUGUGCAAUUGUAGCGCCACAAACCAUUUUCUCCUUCCUCCCACUACCACACACACAAGCUUUGAGAGACAAAUGCUCGAUGAGAAGGGGAAUACUCCUCUGGCUCUGUCUUUGACUUGAUACUCUCAAAUUUAAGUCUGUGUAAUGCCAUAAUAGGAAAGAGGUGUUAAUGGUGCCUCUUACAGCCAUCACCUUUUUUGUUAAACAUUAUAGUUUCUUAAUUUGUAACCUAAUUGUUUUUCUCUUUUUUUUUUAUUUUAGCUUUAAUAUGUAAGCAACUUUUAUACUAUUCAGCUGCAUUAAGAAGAGAGAUCUUUGUCUGGAUCAUGUAUAAUACAGCAUGGCAAAGAAAAAGAGCUUCCAAUGAGCAGAGGGAUUUAAUACCCUUAUUUAACAUUUACAUAUUAGGGCCUCAAAACUGUAGCCAAACUAGGUCCAGUUGUGCUGGGGGUUUUACAAAUACGUGGCAAAUUGCAGCUCCUUUUACAGAUGGCAUGCGGUCUAUGAAAACACAGAGGCUGACAAGAGUCGGCUGCAGCCGCACUGGGAAUGCAGCACAGCAAAUCUAAGACAGUACGUCUAGUUUGUAGCCAGUCACAAAAGUGAGCACCAUUCUUCACCUAAUCCCCUUGUUUUGGGCUAUACUUUAUAGAAGUAAACCCUGUUUGUUGAGUAGGGAAAUUGCAAGUCUCUGGAAAACAGCAAGUACUUUUUUCAUCUUGGUCUUAUGCAAAAAAUGGGAACUAAUGCCUUCAAACGCACUGCAAAGUCUCUGUCGUGGAUGAUGAUAUUGCACAAUGAAUUCACUCACAGUUUGAGCAGUGUGUUUUGUUCCUGAUCUGGAGACACAGAUGAGGCAGCAGCUAGUGCUCUGUUUACCAGGUAGCAAUGCAAAAGUGUUCUGAACCAAGUCCUCCAGGUGAAUGCAAAGUACGUUGUCCUGCAGAGAGAGCCUGUAACUUGUGGUGCUCUGCUGAAGCUGUCCAAGGAAGAUUUGCACAUUCUAGAAACCCUUUUCAAAGUUAAUAAUGUUCUCCAGUACUUAACUUUCAUUGCUAGUGUUCAGUGAAAGAAAUCAAUAUUAAAUCAGUAAUUUUACCAGCAAUAACAUCUACAGAGGGCAGAUCACUUUCUUUAAAAGAGUGAAACUUUCAACUUUACUGGUUUUUAUGUCUUAACACCAAUGGAUGCAUAGCUGUGGCCAGGAAAAGACCAGAACAGUUGUCUUACGAAAUACACUGCUUAUUUUGACAACUAUUUAUUUUAAGUAUACAAGAGAUUGUAGAUCUGUGAUUUGUUCAUAGGACUAAGCAUAAACAUUUUGUCAGGUGCUUUGUUCCCGAUCGCCUUCAGUUCCCUCUGUGGCAAUGGACAACUUUUUCUAUUGUGCUGCCAUUUUCUUUUAGCUGUAAAACAGGACUAGUGCUUUCCUUAUAAAGGUAACAUGAGAAUUAGUCGAGUUAAAUUCUGCUCCUGGAUGCAGCCAAACAACUCCCUGAACAGAUCAGGAGUUACAAACAUCCACCCAGGAAGGACAAACUCAGCAAAGGGAUUUUACGUGCAAAGUGCUUUGAAUAUAAAGAACAUCAUAUAAAUGCUAAGCAUCACUGUAUUUAUAGCCAACGAAAGAGCUUCUAUGACUAUACAGAAAGUGUAACCAAAGAAUUUGAAAUGUUGGGGCAAAUGAGGUAACAUUCUACAGUACUCUCAGACAAAUACACUGACCUCCACCGUCUUGCCUGCUCACUUCACUCUUUGCUCUCAGUGGCUGCACAAGGGAAAGUACAGAGCACCCAUGCGUUCACACUGUAACGUGCUCAGCAUGUUCUGGACCCUGAAAUGAGGACUUCAUCUAAAUCCUUUCUGAAAUAGAGCUCACUGUAUUCCAUACAGGAUACAAGGGAUUUUUGGAAGACUCUCACCUUUUACCACUUCACAACUUAGGAAAGCCAGAUCUGAUGUAAUUAAAACCACCCUGUGAACGCUUGUUUUAUAUUAAAUUGCCUACAACUUUAUAAGACAUGCAUAUCUGCAAAUGAACUAAAUUUUGUGUACAGUGCCCAGACUACUACAGCACUGCCAAAUACUUGCUGUCUCUGAAACAGAAUGGAAAGGUUCUUUCCUGAUACAAAUGGACCUAAUGACCCACACAUACUGUGGUUAAUACUGUUAUGCAUUAAAUUGUUUUGUGUUGUUGUGGUACACUAACUUGAUUUAAUAUGCAGCAGACAAACUGAACAAUCUCUGUGACAUUUUUUAAUACAAGGUCUCAACUUUAGGCCUUAUAUUUCAAAAUACUGGUGGAGGCACCAGGAAUUUUGUUCUUUCAAGUCAAAACCAAGUUAUGAUAGGGUUGUCACCUCAAAAAAAGCAACAUAUGUGGAAAGCUAUUAAUGAGAAAGCGGUAGUGAGCAGGGAGAAACUUAUUCAGCGAACUCCAAAGAAGCCUCAAGUAUUUAUGAUUCUACAAAGACAGCAUUUUGCAUAUCAACAGAGAGAGAGAGUAUAUUGCAAGAAGUAGGUAUCGGAAACAGACUGGAAUGCUCUAACCUGUUUACACAGCUAACGUCAUUAGAAUGUAUGCAUGUGUGCAAAUGUGUCUGUGUCUAUGUAUAAUAUUAACUACCUCACUCUGCAUUUUCCAGGAAAAAUAUUUUGGCUUAGUUUACCAUUCCAAAUUUUUCUAUUAUUAAUUUCACCUCUCCACUAGUCUUUUACAUUAAUAAAAUGUUUCUCCUUCUAAAGGGCAAGAUUUGGAAAUUACCAGAUAUGUAUUAAACCACAUAUUUCAGGAUAUGGAUGAAAUUUUAGCCAAACCGUGUUGCCUCAAUUACUGCUUGUAAUGUGAACUUUAUGAGAUCAGAUCUUGGGGUUAACAGACAACAAAUACAAACGUACUGUGUUUCAGUUUUUACUUUUCAAUGGCUUUCCAUUAAUGUGUGUCUUCUCUGGAAAAUAAUACGAUGCCACUAAUCAAAGCAAAAUGUUUGUAUGUAUGUUUCCCUUACCAUCCUCAUUAUGUUAUGUGUUUUGUGGAAGUAAGCCCACACAUAAAUGUAUUUGUACAGCAGAAUAUGUCCAUUGUAUUGUAUCCAUGUCAAAAAUAAAACCCAAUACCAACAAAGUAA